GCAGCUCAGGUACAACCCCUUCCCAGUGACGUCUCUGCAGCGGGUUAUAAAAGCCUAGUGCGCAGCCUGCCAAGGUUCUGCUAACUCCUGAGCUCAGAAGGACCCGCGCCAAGACCGAAAAGCUGCGGGUGGCAGCAGAGGAGAAGGCUUCAGGGAAGCAAAGCAAAGGGGAUCUCACCAGCUGGAUGCUGACUCCAGAAUCCGGCCAGAGGAUCAGAACUUUUGUGAGCAGAGCUGAGAGCGGCCCUCCUCCCCCCUCAAGCCCUCACGCAGCACCCAGCUUUGCCUUUCCCGCCGCGCACAUGUUAGUGGGAGUUGCUAGCAGCAGCAGGUGCACAAAGGCGGGGUUGUCCUGCGGUCUAGAACUGUGAGGAAUACAAGCGCUGUACCGCAAACAAGAGCCUAGAGUGAAAGUGGAGGAAUUCGGAGAGAACCAGAACCACGCAAAGAUCAUACAUAGGAGAAAUGUUGCUCCUGUGAGCAAGCCUCCAGCUAACGAAGGACUGAGUUCUGCCCAGGAAACUUCCCACCUUCUGUGUGGCAGGAUCUGAAGCCUCAGGAGUCCGCAAUAAGAUUCUGCAGCAAAGAGGUGUGUGUGUGUGUGUGUGUGUGUGUGUGUGUGUGUGUGUGUGUGCCUGCAAAGAAGCCAGGACUUUGUUGCUUUGCCCCAAAAUGGAUAACGUCCUUUCUGUGGACUCAGACCUCUUCCCCAACAUCUCCACCAACACUUCUGAGUCCAACCAGUUCGUGCAGCCUGCCUGGCAAAUUGUCCUUUGGGCAGUUGCCUACACGGUCAUCGUGGUGACCUCCGUGGUGGGCAACGUGGUGGUGAUGUGGAUCAUCUUGGCUCACAAGAGAAUGAGGACAGUGACCAAUUAUUUCCUGGUGAACCUGGCCUUUGCCGAGGCGUCCAUGGCUGCUUUCAACACAGUGGUGAACUUCACCUACGCGGUCCACAAUGAGUGGUACUACGGUCUCUUCUACUGCAAGUUCCACAACUUCUUUCCCAUCGCUGCGGUCUUCGCCAGCAUCUACUCCAUGACUGCUGUGGCCUUCGACAGAUACAUGGCCAUUAUUCACCCCCUCCAGCCCCGGCUGUCGGCCACCGCUACCAAAGUGGUCAUCUUUGUCAUCUGGGUCCUGGCUCUCCUGCUGGCCUUUCCCCAGGGUUACUACUCCACCACGGAGACCAUGCCCAGCAGAGUCGUGUGUAUGAUCGAGUGGCCAGAGCAUCCCCACAGGACUUACGAGAAAGCGUACCACAUCUGUGUGACUGUGCUGAUCUACUUCCUACCUCUGCUGGUGAUUGGCUAUGCAUACACUGUGGUAGGGAUCACACUGUGGGCCAGCGAGAUCCCUGGGGACUCCUCCAACCGUUACCACGAGCAAGUGUCUGCCAAGCGCAAGGUGGUGAAAAUGAUGAUCGUGGUCGUGUGUACCUUCGCCAUCUGCUGGCUGCCCUUCCACAUCUUCUUCCUCCUGCCCUACAUCAACCCAGAUCUCUAUGUCAAGAAGUUCAUCCAGCAGGUCUACCUGGCCAUCAUGUGGCUGGCCAUGAGCUCCACCAUGUACAACCCCAUCAUCUACUGCUGCCUCAACGACAGGUUCCGUGUGGGCUUCAAGCAUGCCUUUCGCUGCUGCCCCUUCAUCAGCGCUGGUGAUUAUGAGGGGCUGGAAAUGAAAUCCACCCGAUACCUCCAGACCCAGGGCAGCGUGUACAAGGUCAGUCGCCUGGAGACCACCAUCUCUACUGUGGUGGGAGCCCAUGAAGAGGAGCCAGAGGAAGGCCCCAAGGUCACACCCUCAUCCCUGGAUCUCACCUCCAAUGGCUCGUCUCGCAGCAACUCGAAAACCAUGACAGAAAGUUCCAGCUUCUACUCUAACAUGCUGGCCUAGGCAGCAGGCAUGUGUCAUGGACACAGCCACCAGCCCAUCCUGUGUCUUGAUUCAUUUAUUCAUGGACGUCUUUGCUCUGGAAUCUAUUGGAAAUACCCUAACACUGGAGCUUUUGGAAAGGGUCAUGAUGGUCUGAGGAAAACAUUCCAUGUUGUAUUCAAUCUGGAUUCCUUCCUGCCCUUGUCAACCACCCUCCAUGAGUGUGACCCAAGGCAGAUCAGUGAACGUCUAUAAAAGGAGAAGGCUGGACUUGAUCCCUUGCUGUCAUCCCAUGAUUCCAGAAAUGACAUCAUCUGCAUGCAGGUGCUCAUCUAGGGAGGUAUUCUGCAGUAAUGACUCCAACAGACCUAUUUGCCUGGAGCUUCUGCCUUUCUUCUGUGAAGUCAUUCUCAGCCAUGUGUAGACUAGCUCCCACCACUCCAGCCUCCCGCUAGACAGUGUGAAUAAGAGAGGGUGCCACAUAAACCCUAAUGAAUGCUGUAUCUUCCAGCUAAGCACACAUGAAUAGAAGACACAUAUAUACCUUUUUGUGACAUCUCAAUAGUCAAUUCAUUUAAACAUCAUGGGAUUGACAACUUCGGGUUCUUCUGCAUUGUGUCCCCAAUGCAACCAGUUCUGGCUGACUAUGUCUACAGAGGCAAGCUGAUGUGUAUUCUAACCAACAUCCAGGAUACCCCAUGCCAGAUUUGACCUAUCUGGGCCUCUUUCCUUUUUUAUAAAGGAAUAGGGCUGAACCUAAUACUCUAAGUAUCCCUUUGAGUCUCAGUGUUUCCUGAUACAAUGAUGUAUACAUUUUGUUUUGCCUCUUUCUUAUCUAUCUCUCUCUCUCUUUCUCACACACAUACACAUAUACACACAUAAACACAUGCAGAUAAAAAUUUAAAAAAAUGGCAAUCUCAGAAAUACUAGGAGUGGCAAUUCCUAGAGAUGAGUGUGUGUAGAUAUUCUCCAUUGAUUCAAAAACUCUGAUCCAAAAAUUCCUUCUCCGGGAAGGUUCUGGUCUUUGAUAGAGCAGGGGACUUCAUAGGAAACCUUGGAUCUCUCCAGCAGGCUGCAGUAAACUGCAGUCCACCUCUGAGAACAGUGUCCGGAAGGUGUGUGAGCUUCCUGCGCUGGCUGCCCCUAUAUUUGUGCAGGGAUCAUAACUCAGAUUCUUCACUUUUGCUUCCUACAGUGUGGAGUGAGGAGGCUUCCCUCUGCAGCUCCACUCCUGGAAAGAGGAGCCUUGCAUCUUACCUUCGGACUCUGAACUUUGCCCUCUUGCUCCUCUUGCUGCUCUCUGUCUAUAAGAGGCUGAAUGAUCCACCAGCCCCAGGACACUUAGUCUGCCAAGAGCAGAGACCUGAAAGCUCCACGUCCUGAUACAGGUUCAGGAUCUCCUGCAGGUGAGCACACCAUCUCUGUCUCUCAGAUGUGGCCUUGUGCAGAUGUGGCUGGAAGCCAAAGCUUCCUGUAACAUCCAUGAAUGUCCUCAUGGUUCAGAUAAUUGGAUGCACACAAGCUCCAUCCAUCAUGUCGGAGAGAACAAUGCCAUCCACAACCAGGUUUUGUAGCUUUUUGCCAGCCUUGUUGUAUCUAACCGUAUGCGGGAACCAGCAUGCCUGGGGGAGGCAAUGAUGAUAUAGAAAUGGUAUAAGCCAGGAAAAAAAAAAGAAAUGAGAAGCAUAUUCUGUAGAGCAUCAUGGGAAAAAGUUAAUAAACUAAGUAAAUCCUGCUCAGUGACAUUCCGUGAAUGGAAAAUCAAACGGAGGGGCAACAAAAGUCAAUGCCCAAAUUGGUAACUAUACUUCCAAUAAAGAGUCUUUCUAUAUAUGGAUGCAAAAUAAUUUGGUUAUGAAAAAUACCCAAGAAGAAAACAGCAGGCACGAAAGACAUCCCAUCUGCAGACAAGAAGGUGAGGCUGAUGCUGGCAAGGAUCUACACAGCCCCUGCUCUGCACUUUGCCCUGAGCUGAGGAAACACAGCUCCUUCCACCCCCAGGAGCUUCCGGUGCCUGCCAUUCCUUAUGCACCAGUCCUGGUGAAGCCAGGCCGCUCACCAGCCCUGGAGGCACCGAGAAGCAGAAUCUUCCUGGGGUUUUAAAGACUGACUUUCAACAAGGGGACUCAAGCCAAGGGGUAGAGCUUUCAGAGAGCCUCUGCAGUGGCAGUUCUCUGCGGCAGCUCUGAAGGCGGUCAACAGUCAGCCCAGCGGACCUGAGGGACUGAGAUGAGCGAUUUCAUCCCAUAUGUAGUAAGAGGGAAGACAAGACGAGCCUGGGUUUUAUGGCUAUGGCAAAGCAUCCCUUACAGAGGACCAGCGAGCUUCCCACUGCCCCUGCCCCAAAGUCCGUUAAAUUUGUAAAAAUGUUGUCAAUGCCUGUGUGUGAGAACACUGUGCUUUGUGCUCUGUGCAUGGGUCUCUUAUCGAGAUGUGUCAUCUUGUGUUUAUCUCCUAAGUGAGUUUCCGUGAUGUACCCUCCAGUAGUGUUAGAUGGGGAGACACCCUGGGGCUAUUCUUCCUGUGUUACCAGUGCCAUUGGCAUGCUCCUGCUGGGCCAGUCCCCUCCUGCCACUCUUCUUGCUUGGAGAGGAGCUCUGAAUCGUACCUCAUACUCAAUGGAACUGAGGGGCAGGAACCUUUAUGGGAGGAACAUCCGUAACCCCUCAGCAGAAUGCUAAUACAACAGGCUGGAUGGAAUCCUAGGAGAGGAGAGGACUCUGGCCUGGGGGAACUGUCCAUGGAGAGGGCUCACUCCUGAUGCGUCUGUGCUUGGGGCCUGGGAU